AUGCGCAAGCGCCGGGCUCGUGAACUGACUAAGCGUUGGCUGCUCCUUGUGCUCGUGUGUGGUUCGUUUCUCUUCGCCUUUCUCUACCCCCUUCCAGAAACAAAAAGUAGCGUACACACAGUCGUAAUUCUGACGGUUGGUAACGACAGGAAACUAGACGAUCUGCACCGCCUCGCUCGCGACACGGUUUUCUCGAACACUCGCUCUGCACGAAUCUCUGCCCAAGUGUUGGUUUAUGAAGGCAAGUUUCGCCCUUGGUUCAACACGUCAACUGCCGACGACGCGACAGUCGUGCAAGCCUCUCGGGAGGUGGAACGAUUGCGUUACGGAAGUCAUUCGUUCGAGUUGUUCUCAGGAAUAUACGGUGCUUCAGUGAAGCCAAGAGCCUUGAGAUGGCUCACGCAGCCAGAUCAAGCGUGGAUCGACUUCGGCUGGAUCAUCGAGCCCGACGUGGUUUUCACCGGCUCGUGGCAAACGCUUUUUGAGAAAUACGAAUCAGAUUCGAGUGAUCUCAUCGCUUUCAACACAACAUUUCGGUACUCAAACAAGACGGCAUGGAAUCACUGGCCAUCUUGCACGUACUGUCGAGGCCUUCCGAAUUGGUGCAAGCAAAGUGCCUUGUUGCCCGCGUUUCGGAUCUCGCGAAACUUUGCCGCCGCCGCGGUGGCGCACCUCUCCACUUCUACCAGAAGCAGCGGACAUCACGAGGCAUUCCUACCAACUUUCCUCACGGUGAAUUCCGACACAUUCUCGUUCCGUGAUUUGGGUCCCGACGUAGCUUACAUGCGCUGGCGUCCGGCCUUUGACUUUGACGCGGUACCCAGACUUGCGCCGAUUCGCCGCGACGCGCUGUACCAUCCCGUUAAAUCUCUGGAAAUGUAUAGAAACCUCUCUCAAGCGUCACUUGAGGCGUGA